AUGUUAUAUCUACCCAUACAUUUUAUAACACAAAGAGGGGUCUUUGACUAUGGUGGCUGUUACCGGGAAGAACGUAAAAUGUCAAGCCAUAAGAUAAAAUCUAUAAUAUCAUCAGUGAACAAUGAACUCCAUCCCUUCAAUUACAACAUUAACAAUAGUUUGAAAGUACCAUUGGAGGUGAGAUUAGAAGCUGUCUGGAAUUUCAGUGAACUGGAAAAUCUUUCCCAUGCUUGCAGAAUCAUACGAUCUGAAAAUUAA